AUGACUACGGUCACACAACGUGACUGCCGAGAGCUGAAAAGAGCGCUAGACAAACUAGCCGAUGCAGGAAAAUUGAAUCGAUAUCUAAAAGAUCCGAAGGAAAGGAAAAUUGAGCCUCGGAAGGAAAACCAAACCCAGAGCGACGAGAAAGCUGGGUAUGUGAAUGUAAUCGCGGGGGGAUACGCCUUAGGCGGCUUAACCAACUGCUCUCGAAAGAAGCACCUCUACACCCUGAAAAACGGGACCGAUGCGGCUUCUUCAGCAACAUGCCCGACAAUGACCUUCAAGGAGAGCCACCGGCCCAUUCAGACCCCACACGAUGACCCCCUGGUCAUCGAGAUGAAAAUAGCCAAUCUGCGGGUAGGUCGAGUGCUGAUCGAUAGCGGAAGCUCCGCAGACAUCAUCGCCAUGGACUGUUUGAGCAAACUGAAAUACCAAGAAGCAGAUCUCAUGCCCAUCGACCAGCCAUUGGUAGGGUUUGGCAGACAGUCUGUCCACCCCCUCGGCUCGGUCAAGCUCCCUACUCGGAUGGCGAAAAAGGGAAAAGGGAGAAAUGUGGUCGUUGACUAUCUCGUCGUCGACACCAGCCUCCCUUAUAAUGUGAUCAUAGGGCGCCCCACGCUUAACAAAGUCAAGGCUGCCAUCUCGACAUACCAGCUGCUCCUACAAUUCGAGGGCGACGAUGGAAAAGUCGCCCGAUUAUCCGAGGAGCAAAAGUCUGUUCGGGAAUGCUACGUCAACAGUCUUAAGAAUAGAGGAAGAAGUCACUCGAAAGAGAAAGUACCCCGAGCCUGA